ACAUACUCCUAUCACGGUAAAAUUCGAACAUAGACCAACAUGCCUUUGAAUCUCAGUAUUCAUGGAAGCAACGCUCGCGACUUUGCGAUGCUUGAACGCAAUCUCCUUACACAUCUGCGAUUUGCCACUGUCUUAGCGCUUUUCGCAGCUUCCAUGCUGCUGAACGCUAGACUGCCCUUUGAUCCGGGAUUGUCAGGUCAGACACAAAGUACGCGUUCAAAUGUUCCCCUUGCGUCAAUCCAGGUUGUUGCUGCUAUUGUAACCAUCACUCUUGGUUUGUGGGUAUACCACCGAGCUUUCAAGGAUGUGUGUGGUAUGAAAGCUUUCCUCUCUACCACCAAACCUCAACUUGUGGUCAUGUCUUUGAUCUCUGUUGCCGUUUUCGUAACGUGCAUUGUACUCCUGUCUACCGAGCACUGAGUUGAUGGCUGACUUCGUCGGUCUCGAUCAAAAUGUGACAUCGAGGCUAACUGCCACAGUCUUGCUUCGGAUUUCGCGUUCAUUAUCCGGUCGCUUCAAGACCAAGAGUCCCAGUUCCUCUUCGCUAAAAUCGAGGAAUCCAUCCAACCUCCGCAAUAACCCUGCGUAUGACCACCUCAUUCCGAAGUCAGCCACCAUACAAAUCCCAGCCGCCAUACAUCCAUCAUUAUUGUUGACAACGCCUUCAUAUAAGGUCAUGGAGCAAUCAACAUCCAUCGUGUCA